AUGGCUCCUCGAACAGUUGUUGUAAUCGGUGCUACCGGCCUACAGGGCGGCUCCGUGGUAUCGGAGCUCCUCCAACACCCCGACAUCUACAAAGUCCGGGCUAUCACACGUAACCCUACCAAGCCCGCAGCCCAAUCUCUCGCCGCGCGAGGCGCUGAGGUCCAACGCGCCGAUCUGGACGCCGGCGCUGAUGCCCUCGCGGCCGCCUUCUCCGGUGCGCACGCCAUAUAUGCCCUGACCGACUUCUGGCAAAAGCAAUCCGCCUCUGUCGAAAUUGUGCAAGGCAAGUCUAUCGCAGACGCUGCGGCCCGGAUCCCGACUAUCGAGCACUUUGUCUGGAGUGCGCUACCGGACCCAGAGAGGCUAUCUGGUGGCCGGUUUAUGAAGGUUAAUCACUGGAAGAGCAAGAGUCUGGUGGCUGAGUAUAUCCAACGUGAGAAGCCGGAAUUGUGGGCGAAGACCACGACCAUUCUUUUUCCGAAUUAUUUUGAGAAUUGCCUCACAUCUCCGGAGAGGUAUUUGCCUGUGCCGGAUGCGAAUGGGGUCUAUACUCUCUUGUUCCCACAUAGCCCGGACACGGUGAUGCCCAAUGUUGCUAUUGCUGACACAGGUAAACUCGUAUGGACUGUCCUCGAGGCUGGCCCGGAGUACUUUACCAAGACAAUCGCAUUCUAUUCCCAAGCCCUCUCGGAGGCGGAGAAGCUAGCUGCACUAGGCAAGAGAUACAACAUCUCAACAGAAUACCGUAAGAUCAGCGCCGAUGAGUUCCAGAAGAUCCUCGAAUCUCGGGACGGCAUGUCUGCGGAAAUGGCGGUGGACUUUGCAGAGCAAUUGUUGAUCUUCGAGGAAUUCGGGAACAUCUAUGCUCGGGAGGAGUUUGUUCAAGCCAGAGAGAUCCCGGGCUUGUCUCUCCAGAAAUGGCCCGAUUUCCUCCGUGAGAAUGAGCUUCCGGUGAAGAGGAAUUGA